UGACGCACGAUUGGAGAAUUUUCACGAAGGUUGCAAAACAAUUGCGUCAAUAAAUUGCGCACUAGCUACAGUUUCCAGAAAGGUGAACGUCGAACAUUGCUCUCUUGAUUGAUACAGAAUAAUAUACUGUAACCAUGUUGGUGGCGAGGUUGACGUGCCUGAGGAGUCUUCCUCUCGCCGGGCUCCGUCCUGUGCUGUCACAGGGCUCCCCAGCCCUGAGAGCACCCACCCUGAAGGCCUGUCCACCCCUGCUCAGGCCCCAGCAGGGUUAUUCCUCCAAGGCCAGAUUUGGUUUCCGCCGUGGGAAGACAACCAAAGACCAGCUCAAAGAAGCAGCUUUUGAACCAGCAACAGAUACCGCCAUUAGAAUUGACGGCAUGGGAAGAAUGGUUCUGGCUGGAGGUGCAGCAGUUGGCCUUGGAGCUUUGUGCUACUAUGGACUCGGCAUGUCCAAUGAAAUCGGUGCCAUUGAGAAAGCAGUGAUCUGGCCUCAGUAUGUGAAGGACAGGAUCCACUCCACCUACAUGUACUUUGCAGGCAGUAUUGGAUUGACGGCUUUGUCAGCUGUAGCAGUGAGCAGGACCCCGGCACUUAUGGGUCUGAUGAUGAGAGGAUCUUGGCUGGCUAUUGGAGCAACUUUUGCGGCUAUGAUUGGUGCCGGCAUGCUGGUCAGGUCCAUUUCAUAUGAGCAGAGCCCGAUGCCCAAACACCUGGCUUGGAUGUUCCAUGCAGGUGUGAUGGGGGCUGUCAUCGCUCCUCUUACUCUCCUGGGAGGGCCUCUGGUGAUGAGGGCCGCCUGGUACACCGCUGGAAUUGUGGGAGGUCUGUCUACUGUGGCAAUGUGUGCCCCUAGUGAGAAGUUCCUCAAUAUGGGCGGGCCAUUGGCUGUUGGCUUUGGAGUGGUCUUUGCUUCCUCAAUUGGAUCAAUGUUCCUGCCACCCACCUCAGCGUUCGGAGCAGGCCUGUACUCUGUGGCCAUCUACGGAGGCCUGGUCCUGUUCAGCAUGUUCCUCCUCUAUGACACACAGAAGGUCAUCAAGAGGGCAGAGACACACCCACUCUAUGGUGUACAGAAAUAUGACCCCAUUAAUGCGUGUAUGGGGAUUUAUAUGGACACACUGAACAUCUUCAUGAGACUGGUGAUGAUUCUGGCUAACGGUGGCGGCGGCAAAAGGAAGUAAACCGCAGCAUCCUGACUUGAGCUUCAGUUUUACCUUCCACAGAGCUAAACAAAAACAUAUUUUAUUACUAGCAGCAUACGCCAGGUGUUCUCUUAGUGAUUAACUGGUAAAUAUACAUGAAUGCUUUGCAAAAGUGUGAAGAAGACCAAUCGUUGUAUAUUGAUAACACCCUGAGAGCUCUUACCUUGGUUGUGGAAGUAUCUGGUUAACCCUGGGGGUUACAGAUGAGUUAAAUCUGUCUGUCAGCAUAAUUUUGCCUGCCUCAGAUGUCGUUUGUAUUCUUCAUGUUUUUGUAUUUAUUUCAACUUGAUGGUGAUGUGUUUCUGUUUCUAUAAGGAUGAAAGUUCAAGAAUAUCUGGUAUGUGCAAAAGAAAUGUAUGAUUCAGACUCAGUACAAUAAAUGACCACAGUAUACACUGAUAUUGCACUUAUGAGAUGGGUUAAUGAGGUUGGCACUAGUUCAUAUAUUUCUGAGAAAAUAAACCGUAAUUUCAACAAUGGAAUUACUCAAUAAACAAGUCAAAAGUGA